AGGAAACAAUGGCAUCGUCUUUCCCCCUAAGAUACUCCUUUCCUUUAUCCAACUAGAAUCCCUUAUGAAGAAUCUAGUGUGUUUAGUAAAGUCAAUGUUGUCAAUCCUGAUGUAAAGCGUUUUCCUCGGUUCCAGAAAGCUCGAAGACAUGUGGUUACACUGAGCCCAGGACAGGUUCUGUUUGUUCCCAGACACUGGUGGCAUUAUGUAGAAUCCGUUGAUCCUGUCACUGUCACUAUAAACUCGUGGAUUGAAUUGGAAGAGGACCACCAGGCUCGGGUAGAAGAGGCAAUCACCCGCAUGCUUGUGUGCGCCCUGAAAACUGCGGAGGACCCACACAGUACCAGGGCUUGGUUAAACCCAACAGAGGUUGAGGAAACGUCCCAUGAAGUCAAUUGUUGCUACUUAAAUAGAGCUGUUACUGCCUUUUUUGAUCAUUACAGAACAUCUAAGACAGUAGAAAUCCAAACACUCAGAACAAACGGAGAGCACAUGAAAAAGGAAGAAUUCAACGUGCACAACCUCAUGGAGGUAGAACAAACAGGCAGCCAGAACUUAACCUUGGGAACAGUAGGAGAGCAGGCAGCAUGUCCCUUUGGCCCUGAUCUGGUUCCCGUACUACCGAGUUCAGAAGAUCCACCCUCAGAAACAGGAGGCAUGUUUAAAAAUGAUGGUAAAGACUUUGUUGGCAAAGCUGGAGAGCACUUUGACAAAUUGCACUGUACCAAGAAGCAACAAAUGAUGAGUGGACGUGAGAAUGAAAUUGUGGAACACAUUGCUUCAAAUAGUACUAUGGCCCCUUCCCAAACUUUAAUUUCUACAGAUGACUUACUGGACUGCUUGGUGAAUCCACAAGUAACCAAGAUAGUGGCACAACUUUUGAUACAAGGAAGAAGUUUGUGAUUGUAAUAGAAAAUGACUUUUUAAAUAUUUUAAACAUUUUUAAAAUAGUGUGAUUUUUAAAUAAAAGAUGAAACAAUGAAAAGCAGUUUGCACAGGCUUGUAUAUGUAUUUGUUCUUACCUAGUUAAAUUUCAACCUCUUGCCACCUUCUUGCAAGCACAUUGCUCUUUGCCCAAACUGUCUCUUUGUUAUUUGUGAGGCCUUCUUUCUGAGCCCUUUUCUUUACUCUCCCUUCCCAUCUCCUCAGCCUAUUUCAAACGUAAGCCCCAAGUGUUCUCAACAGGAAAUAAUCUCUCCAUCAGCCUUAAGCAGGGGUCAGCCUGCUGCUUGUUUUGUAAUAAAGUUUUGUUGGAACACA